AUGAGUGAUUCUGAAUAAGAUUCCAAAGAUGAAACAUUAGAAUUUUUAGCAUAAUAGCUUGAAUAACAUUAUCAUUUAAAAACAAUUAAUAAAUUUGGAGGAUAAGGUGGUUUUGGAUUGGUUUUAUUUGUUUAAGAUGAGAACGAUGAGUCAUAAAAAUAUGCUGUAAAAGCUUAAUCAAUAAUUAACACAACUACCGGAAACAUCAAUUAAGUAGUAUUAAAACAAUGCAAAGAAGAAGCAAGAGUAAUGAAAGAAUGUAAGCAUUAAAAUGUAGUAGAAAUAUACUCUGAUUUCGUACUUGGCUUCUAUCACUUUAUUUUAAUGAGGUUGUGUAAAUAAUCUCUUAAUGAUUGGAUAGUGUAAAAUGGAAAAAAUUCGAUUUCUGAUUAAGUUUUUUGUAAGUUUGCUGAAUAAAUGAUUGAAGGGCUAGAAUAUUUGCACAAUAGAGACUAUGUUCUCAGAGAUGUCUCUGUCAGAAACAUACUCUUAACUGCGAAUGAUGAAAUAAAAUUUUGUGAUUUUGGUCUUGCUAGAAAGUAUGAUAGUUCUCUUAGAAGCAAAGUCCUCUAUACUUCUCAUUUGAAUGGUGUCAUUUACUAUUUUCCACCAGAAAUUCAUUAAGCAAUUUAAGAAAAUAAACCUUAAAUAAAAUAAACGAAAGAGGGAGAUAUAUGGGCUUUAGGUGUUUGUUUAUCUCUCUUGGGAGGUAUUCCAAUCGUUCACUUUUCAAACUCAUUUCAUGAGGACUUUAAAAUAAUUGAUGCUCCUAAUUUAAGUAAAAAAGCUAAUUAACUUAUAAAAUAAAUUCUUAUAAAAGAUGCCAAAAAGAGGCCUUCAUUCAAAGAGAUAAAAGAACACAUUUAAAAUAUAUUUUAGAAUGAAUUUGAAAUCGAAAAUAAAUAAGAAAUAAAUUUAAACAGUGAAGAAAAGACAAUCAACUAAUUUAGAUAAUAAGAAAAAAUUAAAGAUAAUUCAUAAAAGAGGGAUAAUUUGUAAGAGACAGAUGUGUUCUUUGUAAAUAGAUCGAUAUUAGAAAAUAAGAUUAUGGAAAGCUCUCUAAAUGAAUAGAGUCAAUUAGCAAGUGAAGCUGAUAUCAAUAUAGAAUUCAAUUUCUUAGAAGGUGAAAAGUUGUUUUUAAAAUACAAGGAAAAAUUAAAUUAAUAGCCAGAAAAUAUAGAAAUUUUAUUAUUGUUUGGUCAUAUUGAAAUAAAAAUGAAUUGCAAUUUUGAAUUUGGUUAAAAUUACCUCAAUAAAGUUAUUUCCCUGAAAAAAGAUAAUUUAGACGCUUAUCUGGGUAUAUGUGAAAGUUUUUUACUAUAAAAAAAUUGUUUAAAUUACUCAUAGAUUGAAGAAUAUAUUAAAUUAUGCUUCAACAUCAACCCUUCGUAUUGGAGAUUACUAUACAUAUAGGCUUGGCUCUUGUACGAAUAAGAAAACUAUAUUGAAAGUGAAAAAAUUAUUAUCAAAGCUCUGCUUCAAUUUCCUCACUCUCCUCUUUUGAAUUCACUUCAUGCUCUCAUACUGGUUUAAAAGAAUUUUCAAAAUAAAAAUACUUCAGAAGAAGAAAUUAAAAAAUCGAUUGAGUCAAAUCCACUAAAUGAUCCAAUUGUUUUAAGCAGGGCAGGUUUUUUUUAUUAGUACUACAUAAAAUAACUCAAUAAAGCUCAAGAAUUUUAUAUAAAAGCUCUAAGUUUAUGUCCAUAAGAAUUAUUGUCACUUUCUAAUCUUGUUUUACUUUUUAAUGAAGUAAAAGAAAAUACUCAAUUAAAAUAUUACAAAAAAUAAAUAAAAAGUUUUUAUUCAGAAAAUAGUUUUGCAAAGCAGAUUUUAGGGAGAAUAAAUUAAAGCUAGGAAAAGAAAAUAAAAUAUUUCUAAAAAUCAACUGAUUUAGAUCCUUAUAUGACAAGUUCUUACUUUUAUCUUUCUGAAGUUAGAAAAUAACAAUUAAAAUUUAGCGAAGUCGAAGAAAUACAAAAAUUAAUAUUGGAAAUAAAUCCUAAAGCAGCUUCUGCUUGCAUAGAGCUUGCAAAUAUUUACUUACAUAAGAGUGACAGAAAAUCUGCUUAAUAAUAUCUAUUUCAAGCACAAUAAUUAGAAAAUAAAUAAGAAUGCGACAGCUUAUAUCUAGAUGGAAUUAACUUUGAAUUAGAUGGAUAUGAUGAGCUUGCUUUAAAACAGUACUAUCAAUCUAUUAAUAAAAAUCCUAUUUAAGAGAGGUCUUACUAAAGAAUCAUUCGUAUUCUAUAAUUAAGCAAAUAACAGAAUUUUGAUGAAUUGAUUAAUGUAGCAAAAAAAGCAUUGAUAUACAAUCCUGUAAACGAGCUUUUUAAGUUAGUAUUAAUUGAGGCUCACAUAGAAAAAUAAUAAUACAUUGAGGCUAAAGCCGAAUUAAUGGAUUUACUAAUAAUUAAUCCUAAAAGACGAGAAGUAUACGAAAAGCUAGCGUACUUAGAAAAUGUAUAUUUCAAGAAUAAAGACUAAGCAAUCUUAUAUUAUUUGAAAGAAUUAGAAAUAAAUUAAUCAGAGACAUCUAUGGUGCACUUAGUUAACAUUUAUUUAGAAAAGAAUCAAUAUCAAUUAGCAGAAGAACAUUUAAAUAAAUAUCUCUAGAUAUUUCCCAAUAAUAAAGAGUUAAAAUUUAGUAAAGCAGUUUUGCUAAAAUCAAAGAACAGUAUAGAUGAAGCAAUUUAAAUUUUAAAAGAAAUUCUAUUAACAAAUCAAUCUGACUUUAAAAUAUACAAUGAACUAGGUUAUAUUUAUCAAACUUACAAGUAGGAUUAUAAUGAAUCCCUUAUCUAUUAUAAUAGAUCUUUAGAAAUAAAUAAUUAAGUCACUUCAAUUUACUAUAAUAUAGCUUUAAUUUACUUGUAUUUUAAGAAUUACGAUUAUGCUGAAAAACUGUUAAAAGAUUAUAUCAAAUAUUUUAGUAAUGAUUACAAAGGCUAUUUUGACCUGGGCUAAAUAUAUUAUAUUAAAAAUGAAUUACCUAUUGCCGCUUCUUACUUUUUAAGGACUAUUCAAAUGGAGCCUAAUCAUGAACAAGCCUAUUAUUUAUUAAGUUAAAUAUAAAUCCGUGAAAAUAAAUAUGCUGAUGCUAUUGUUUCUCUUAAAAAGGUGAGAGAGCUCAACCUCAAGCGCUAUGAUGCUCUUUUAGACCUAGCAAAUCUUUACUCAAUAGAAAAUCCAUAGCUUUCAUCUGAUCUCUUUUUCUAAUUCUUAUAACACGAACCACUAAAUAAAGAAGCCCUAAAAGCUUAUAAUUAAAUCACAAAUGGAUAAUUUUUGAAGAAUCUGCAAAAAGAAUUAGAUAAAAUAUAAGAUGAAUAAUAAAAGGUAAUAAUGUUAAAAUAAAUAGUAUUGCUCUCUUCUAAACCUACAUUCUAAAUUUUAAAAUUGUUGGCUUCAAUAUAAAUUUAAUUAGAAUUGAUUUAAGAUGCAAAUUUGACUAUAAAUUUAAUGUAAAAACAUUAUCCUAGAGAGGGUUAUUCUUAUUUGCUUUUAGCAGAAAUAUAAGUUAUGCAUCUUAAAAACUAUAAAUUAGCAUUAGAAUAAUUAAACAAAGCUAAAGAAUAUUAAGUUAAUGAAGAGGGUCUUCUUUAUUUAUAUACUGGCUUCUCUUAUUGGAAGUUAAAAGACUUACAAAAAGCAAUAAAAUUUUUUAAAAAGUCAGCUAAGAGUUAACCAUUAGCAUACUUUUAUUUAGCUGAAAUUGAAAUGAAUGAAAAAUAAGAUUAUCUUUAAGCUAUUCAAUACCUACAACAGUGUUUAAAAUAGAAUUUUACUCUCCCUAAAGUUUAUUUUGCUCUUGGUUAAUCUUACUAAAAAUUAAAUUAUAUUUAUCAAGCUAAGGAAUCAUAUGAAAAAGUUCUAAUGCUUGAUCCUAAUUACUUUGAAGCAGAAAAAUUGCGAGAGUUCAUAAAUUAAAAUCCAAAUCCAGAAAAAUAAGAAUUCAAAGAGAAAUGUUCCAUUUUUUGA